GCGCAGGCCCCGGGGGCGGGGGCGCGGCGGAUCCGCGGGGCUGGCGGGAUCGGGCUGGCGGGGCCGUGCGGCCCAGCAGAGCCCGGAGCGGAGAGCGGGACCCGGCCGGAGGCGGCUCAGCGCAGCGCUGGCUGCGUGCCCCCGCCUCCCCGGGUGGCAAUGGAUGGGUCGGGUCGGAAGGGGCCACGGGAGGGUCAUCCCGUCCAACCUCCCUGCUCCAGCAGGGAUAUCCUAGAGCACGUGGCGCAGGAUUGCGUCCAGACAGUUCUUGAAUAUCUCCGGUGAGGGAGACUUUACAGCCCCUUUGUGAAUCCGUUCAGUGUGCGGGCACCCGCACAGUAAAGAAGUUCUUCCUCAUGUUCAGGUGGAACUUCCUGUGCAUCAGUUUCUGCCCAUUCACUCUUGUCCUGUUGCACGGCACCGCCGAGAAGAGCCUGCAUCCAUCCUCUCUUAUGGUCUUAGGCGGUAUCCCCUCUCCUAGACACUUGGAGACUUGGAUGAUCUCCCCUCUCAGUGACCUCUAGUCUAUGUGGCACUGCCGUGUAGCUCUCAGCAGUGCAUCUGCAGGGAGAGGCAAGUUUAUUCGGUGUUUUUUAGGGGACCAGCGCUGCUUUAGAAUGCAGUGGCUCCUGUUAGUGCAAUAAAAUUCCUCUUUAGGUGACAGGGAAAGCGGAGUUUGUCCUUUUCUGUGUUUUCAAGCUUACUUAACUUUAAAUGAAAGUUGCAUGUGACUUGCAUUUGCUGCAGAGGGAGCUUUGAAAUAAUUUGAACAUGUAAAGUAGUGUCAUGUAUUUUUUAAUCUUUUUUUCCAGUUGUGAUUCUGUGCAUUCUGAAGGACUGAAACUAAAGUAGUAGAACAAGAGUAGUUCUCUUGCAUCAGGGAGAUAUGAGAGCUGAUAAACAAGACCUUUUCUUUGAAUGCUGUGACAUUUUAGAAAGCAGCAAACUUAAAGACAAGGCACUGUGGUACAGCCUGUUUCAAAAAAAAUGUGUAUGUGAAUGUUAGUGAAGUCUAAAACAGUCUUCUGUUACAAACCUGAGUUGUGUAAGAGCACAGCAGGACGACUAAAGCAAAAUUUAUUCAGCAUCUGAUGAAUUACAGUUAAUGUCAAAAGGGUGCACUAUUGCCAGACAAAAUGGAUGUUCACUUUCUUACUUUUUUUCUCCCCUAGUUGUUUUUUUUUGAGAGCCUUUAUAGAGUUGGAGGACCCUGAGCAGGUACAGGCUGACUGGAAGGAGCAUGUGGCUUUAUACCAUCAUGGCUGCUGUCUCCUCAAAGUGUGGGAUUCUCACAUUCACCCUUGAUUGUUCUGGAGAGGGAACCACCACUACCAGUUCCAGUGGCUUCCACUAAGCCCUGCCUGUGUAAGGAAGUGUCACUGGGAUGCAGCUGAGAGUAGUGCUCUGAGCAGUCCAGGUUGGCCAUGUUGCACUGUAGCAGGUGGGAGAGUAUUCUGUGCAUGUACUUCAGCAUCAGCAAAGCCUCAGUGAAAAGGAGGGUGAGCCAUGUCUUUCCAUUCUGGGCGAGGAUGUCCCCGUGGCCAGGGGGGACCAGGAGCAAGAACUUCAACACAGACCUACCGCCCUCAGAACCUCCGGCAGCUUCACCCACAGCAGCCCUCCGUACAGUACCAGUAUGAGCAGCAAACUGCCCCUCCAACAUCCUACUCCAGCCCUCCAACCACCGGUUACAUGCCUCCCAGGCCAGACUUUGUGCCCUAUCCUCCUCCAGUGCCCCCUUCCACACAAAAUCCCAUCAGCCAGUGUCCCAUGAGGCCACCAUUUCCAAACCACCAGAUGAGGCAGAGCUUCCCAGUGCCUCCAUGUUUCCCUCCCACUCCUCCACCGGUGCCAAAUCCUAGCAACACUCCCGUGCCAGGAACACCUGCCGGACAAAGCACCUUUCCUUACAUGAUGCCUCCCCCCACAGUACCACACCCUCCCCCUCCGCCAGUCAUGCCACAGCAAGUCAGCUACCAGCCCGUGUACUCAGCAGGGUACUCGCAGCAGUCCUUCCCGCCACCCAGCUUCAACAGCUACCAGCACAGCUCCGGCUCCUUCCCGAGCAGCACUGCCAGCAGCAGCGCCAGCGGCAGCCACUUCCGGCACACGGGGCAGUACCAGGGAGAGAAGUCCCAAAGUGACCGGCGCUCCCCGGACAGGAGCAAGCACUACGAUGAGCACCGGCACCGCGAGCACGGUCACAUUCACGGUGACAGGCAUCGCUCUGCUAACCACGGGGAUCGUCGGGAUCGCGGCCGCAGCCCGGAUAGGAGGAGGCAGGAAAGCAGUCGGCACCGGACAGAUUAUGACAGAGGAAGGAUAUCACCUCAUCACAGAAGUUAUGAGCGAAACAGGGAGCGGGAGAGGGAGAGGCAUCGGCACCGUGACAGCAGAAGAUCACCAUCGCCAGACAGAUCCUACAAAAAGGAUUACAAGAGAGCAGGAAGCCGGUCUCCAAGCAGAGAGAGAAAGAGAACCCGGUGGGAGGAGGACAGAGAAAGGUGGUCUGAGAACCAGAGCUCCAGUAAAGAGAAGAAUUAUACUGCUGUCAAAGACAAAGAAUCAGAAGAGAAUGCAUCUGAAAAAAAUGAAGAGGAAGAUGAGGAAUUACUUAAGCCAGUCUGGGUUCGCUGUACCCAUUCUGAAAGCUAUUAUUCCAAUGACCCUAUGGAUCAAGUGGGGGACUCUACUGUGGUAGGAACAAGCAAGCUCCGAGAUCUGUAUGAAAAGUUUGAUGAGGAGUUAGGAAAGCGGCAGGCAAAGGCCAAAGCAGCCAGGCCACCAUGGGAGCCACCAAAAACCAAGCUGGAUGAAGAUUUAGAGAGCUCCAGUGAGUCAGAGUGUGACUCCGAAGAUGACAGCAGCUGCUCCAGCAGUUCAGAUUCAGACGUUAUUGACGUCAUUGCAGAAAUUAAGCGAAAAAAAGCACACCCUGAUCGUCUCCAUGAAGAAUUGUGGUACAAUGAUCCAGGACAGAUGAAUGAUGGACCUUUGUGCAAGUGUAGUGCGAAAGCCCGGCGAACAGGAAUAAGACAUGGCAUUUAUCCUGGUGAAGAGCCCAUUAAACCAUGUCGCCCCAUGACCAACAAUGCUGGAAGACUAUACCACUACCGAAUUACUGUGUCACCUCCCACAAAUUUCUUAACAGACAGACCUACUGUUAUUGAGUAUGAUGACCAUGAAUAUAUCUUUGAAGGGUUCUCCAUGUUUGCACAUGCCCCACUAACAAACAUUCCUCUAUGCAAAGUAAUCAGGUUUAACAUUGACUAUACAAUUCAUUUCAUUGAGGAGAUGAUGCCUGAGAAUUUUUGUGUGAGAGGCCUUGAACUGUUCUCUUCAUAUCUAUUCAAAGAUAUUUUGGAGCUGUAUGACUGGAAUCUUAAAGGUCCUUCGCUUGAAAAUGAUUCUAUUUCCUGUCCCAGAUACCACUUCAUGCCGCGGUUUGUGAGAUUUCUCCCAGAUGGAGGGAAAGAAGUACUCUCAAUGCAUCAGAUUCUUCUCUACUUGUUACGAUGCAGUAAAGCUCUGGUGCCUGAAGAGGAGAUUGCCAACAUGCUUCAGUGGGAAGAACUGGAAUGGCAGAAAUAUGCAGAAGAAUGCAAAGGGAUGAUCGUUACCAGCCCUGGCAUGAAACCCAGCUCAGUUCGUAUUGAUCAACUAGACCGCGAACAAUUCAAUCCUGAUGUAAUUACGUUCCCUAUUAUUGUACACUUUGGGAUACGACCUGCUCAACUCAGUUAUGCUGGAGAUCCUCAAUACCAAAAGCUGUGGAAGAGUUAUGUGAAGCUGCGUCACCUACUGGCUAAUAGUCCCAAAGUCAAACAGGCUGAUAAACAGAAGUUAUCACAAAGAGAGGAAGCACUGCAGAAAAUUCGUCAGAAGAACACAAUGAGACGUGAAGUGACUGUGGAGUUGAGCAGCCAGGGAUUCUGGAAAACAGGGAUACGCUCUGACGUCUGCCAGCAUGCCAUGAUGCUUCCCGUCCUCACCCACCAUGUCCGCUAUCAUCAGUGUUUGAUGCACUUGGACAAAUUGAUAGGCUACACUUUCAGAGAUAGGUGCUUACUGCAGCUUGCCAUGACUCACCCAAGUCACCAUUUAAAUUUUGGGAUGAAUCCAGAUCAUGCCAGGAAUUCCUUAUCCAACUGUGGGAUUCGACAGCCCAAGUAUGGCGAUAGAAAAGUUCACCAUAUACACAUGAGAAAAAAAGGGAUAAACACCCUGAUAAAUAUUAUGUCCCGUUUGGGACAGGAUGAUCCAGCUCCUUCCAGGAUUAACCACAAUGAGCGUUUAGAAUUUCUGGGAGAUGCUGUGGUGGAGUUCUUAACAAGUGUCCACUUAUACUACCUGUUUCCCACUCUGGAGGAAGGAGGAUUAGCUACGUACCGCACUGCCAUUGUGCAGAACCAACACCUGGCCAUGCUGGCUAAGAAGCUGGAACUAGAACGAUUCAUGCUCUAUGCUCAUGGUCCAGACCUUUGUAGGGAGUCAGAUCUCCGCCAUGCCAUGGCCAACUGCUUUGAAGCCCUAAUAGGAGCUGUUUAUCUAGAGGGAAGCCUAGAAGAAGCAAAACAAUUAUUUGGACGUUUGCUCUUCAAUGAAAAGGACCUGCGGGAUGUAUGGCUUAAUUAUCCACUACACCCACUCCAACUGCAGGAAUCUAAUACUGACAGGCAACUCAUUGAGACCUCUCCAGUUCUUCAAAAGCUUACAGAGUUUGAGGAGGCAAUUGGAGUCAUCUUUACUCAUGUUCGGCUUCUGGCACGUGCAUUCACUCUGAGGACAGUAGGCUUUAACCAUCUGACUCUAGGCCACAACCAGAGGAUGGAAUUCCUGGGUGACUCCAUAAUGCAGUUGGUAGCCACAGAGUAUUUAUUCAUACAUUUCCCCGAUCAUCAUGAAGGGCACUUAACGCUGUUGAGAAGUUCUUUGGUGAAUAACAGAACACAGGCCAAGGUUGCAGAAGAGCUGGGCAUGCAAGAGUUUGCCAUCACUAACGACAAGACAAAAAGACCUGUAACUCUUCGAACUAAGACUUUGGCUGAUCUCUUGGAAUCCUUUAUUGCUGCCCUGUACAUUGAUAAAGAUUUGGAAUAUGUUCACACUUUCAUGAAUGUUUGCUUUUUUCCACGGCUAAAGGAGUUUAUUUUAAAUCAAGAUUGGAAUGAUCCUAAAUCUCAGCUUCAGCAGUGCUGCUUGACUCUCAGGACAGAAGGAAAAGAGCCGGACAUUCCUCUUUACAAGACCUUGCAGACAGUGGGACCUUCUCAUGCCAGGACGUACACAGUAGCUGUUUACUUCAAAGGGGAAAGAAUAGGAUGUGGUAAAGGUCCAAGUAUUCAGCAAGCAGAAAUGGGAGCUGCAAUGGACGCACUUGAAAAAUAUAACUUUCCCCAGAUGGCCCAUCAGAAACGGUUCAUUGAACGGAAGUACAGACAAGAGUUGAAAGAAUUGAGGUGGGAAAGAGAGCAUCAAGAGAGAGAGUCAGAGGAGACUGAAGAAGCAAGGAAAUAAAAGGAGGGCACAGAAGCAGUGGCAUAUUUACUUACUUAAUAACUCUGACUGUUGCCUAUGGAGACCUAACCUAGUUUCUUGCAGAUGAUGAAUGAAGAGUGCCUGUUGAUAUCAAAAAGAAAAUUGUAAUCUCUUCCUUUAAAAGUGUGUGCAAAUAUAUUAUUUCUUUAGUUUGGCUUUAAGUUUGGCUUUUUAAUAAGAUUUGGGUUUAAACCCUUUUAAUUUUUAUGAAAAGUUGUUGAUUAUUUUUAUUAUUUUUACUGUCUUGUAUGAAGUAAUAAAGUCUUAAUUCCAAAUGCUAAUAGGAGGAAAAGCUGUUUUAACAAUUGUCUCUUAUGUCUGAGUGCUGUGUUAUCAGUGACCAGCAAAGUUAUUGCAUGAACUGUGCUGUGGAGGAGGAAAGUAUUAUGAGAAACUGAUUCAGCUGAGCACUUAAGCAUGUACCUAACUUAAGUUUUGCAGCAGCUAAAUGUACUUAUUUCUUGAGUCUGCUAAACCAGAGCUUUAAAGUUUAGGCCCUUUUUACAGAAAAUGGUACAGAAAUUAAAAGGAGAUACUCAGUUUUGCUUUGAACACUGGAUAACACAUCUGAAAUGUGACACAGAUGUGUGUGGAAAUUUGAGGAAUUUUGUUUCUAAAUCACUGUUUUAAGACUUGAAGGAGAAGAUAAUUAUGAAACAAGAGAAUGGCAGUUUUUGUAGAGAAUGUACAUGUAGUUUACAUUAACAAGUUUAGUUUCUUCUUCAGCUUCUUGUUCUAUCAUGCUGGUGUCUGCUUUAAUGUAUUUCUUUGACAAGAAGAUGCCAGUGUUGCCAUUACUGUGAAAUGGUGUUUUAGAAACUCUGUAUGGGUGCUGUUACAGAGAGGUUCAUUGAAAAGAGUUUUUGUCAAAAGAAGGGCAGAAUUUGUUCCCAAAGUGUAGUUCAAAGGUGGCAUGCAGUUUUAAGUCACCAGUUUCCUUGGCUUUUUUGGUGUCUAUGGCAUCUGUUAGACGGAUGUUUCUUCUAUAAAAGCUCUGAACAGCACCAGAAAUGGAAAAUCCACUGUGUCUGUUGGCAUUUUUUCCUACUGGUUACCAGCAUUGUUCGUUCCUUUAAUUUUGCUGCUUCGAGCCAUUCAUUUCCAUUAAGCUGGCUCUCGGUUAAUACACCCCUUGGUAGGUAGUAUUUUUUAUCUGUCUUUUCUGAUGAGAGAAACAAAUUAUUUUCCCUUAUUUUCCUUAGCUGCGUGUUUUCUUCCUGAAAGAGAAAAGAUGCUUUUUGGCCAGUCCUUUAUGCAUUUUCUGAUGUCCCACAGUUGUAUGUGUUAAAGUAUGGGGCAACAUGGAUGCACAAGUCCUGCCCAAGGAAUUCAUAGCAACUCAUGGAAGGAAACUUCUGCUCAACAGCCACACUGCCCUGAGCAGCUUCUUCAGUGAUUGUCUGAAGCACCUCUCUGUAGGUGUGGGAUGGACAUUAGGAAAAUUCAUUCAGAAUCCACUUUAUUGCAGGUGCUAAAGCAGACACCAAAUGAAGGUGAAAAAUUCAGACUACACAAAUGUCUUCCCAAAGUUUCACUUCUGAGCUAAUCAAUAUGUGUAUUUUCAGAAGCAUACUUUUCUACACUUGCAAUGUGAGAUGCACUUAAUAAGGGGGGGGAGAUGGGGGUUACACUUGAGCCCACAAUGCUACCUCAUUUCUUCCAGCCUCUAUGAUUUGCCUUUUCCUAAUGGAUUGAUGCUUAAAAUCCAUUUCAGAGGAUGAUAGAAAAGAAAAAAACACAUUCUGUAAUUUAGAGAGUGAUAAUAAAUCAUUAAAACAUAACAGAGGGAAUAAAAACAAAGUAAAGGCAGGGAGCUGCUCUCUGCUGAGUGCUGCUGCCAUUUGACUUUUGAGAAGUGGUUGUAACUUCUUAUAGCUUCAGUCAGCAAAUAAAAAGCUGAAAUGCUUCUCAAGAGUAGGAAGCUUGAAGAGUACCAGCAAGUCCACUGUACACAAGUAUUUUGUAUUUCAAAUUCUUUGUAUAAUUGCUCAUCUGCUUCUAGCAGUAAGAUGAAAUGGUGCUGUGCUAGAGGGUCAAGUGUAAUUGUAUAAACCAUUAUUUUAUUUUUCCUCAACUGUGACCAGUUUUGUAUGUUUAACAAAUAGAAAAUUACUUCAUUUUCAGGUAUAUGAUUGCUUAGCAAAUUUCAACGUAUUUGACAUCAUCAAAGUACUCCAGUGGAAUUGUUAGUUCAUAGUUUAACAUCGCUUUCAUUGUUCCUAUAUGCAAUUUCACAUUUGAGCUGUAAGAGGAUUGUAGUCUUAUAAACAUUUUCAUUAAAAUAGAUUGAAUUUAUCUGAUAGGCUAUUUGGGGGCGGCGGGGAGGAACCCAGAACUGUUCUUUUUUUCUUACUUGACCCAGAAAUUGCUUGGAAAAAACCAAACUUUUAAAAUAAUUCCUACAUUCCAGUUACUGCAGUUAAUUAGUUUUAGGCUUUCCUUAAUAAAAUGUAGAUGAUAACUGUAUUUUUACAAGUGGGCUAUUUUCCCUUUUUUUGCUGCAUAAGCGUCAGCUAGGAAGAUUGCCUGAAGUAAUUUUGUUUUCCUUGUCUUCAGAACAAAAUACAAAAGGUAAAAAAAAUCCUGUUUCAUUUAUUCAAACCACAGUGUCUUUCUGUACAUGGGCUGUCUAAAAGCAGUGGUUGUGAAUGUUCCUGUUAAUUUCAGGAGUUGUGUAGAAUGUGAAAUGUGAGCACAGUCCUUUAUAACAGACACCAAGGAGAGAGGGGAAGCCUCUUCAAGUUGCCUUGGUAAAAAUUAUCGUUGCACUCAUGCUAAUCAGUGGAACAGCUGUAGCUUAUAGCUAGGCAGCUUGUGCUGCUCUUUUGUAGGUGUCUCUGGUUUACUGAUGAAGUCAGUCCUGGGCUUAGUUCAGAGCCUGAUCUGUUCUCUGAGCUGGAGGUUCUCUUGCAAGAUCCAUUGACUUGAGUUGGGUACAAGUAGAUGAACAGAGAACAAGACAGAUCUGUGUGACUCCAACACAUCCUGUGAAUAUUUUUUAUGUGAAUAUGUACAGAACAUUGAAUAGAACUGUAGCUGUUUUGAUUGGGGAUUUUAACUGAAUUUACAUGAAAUUCAUGAUGUUAUUUGUAGACCCUAAGUUUGCUUUGUAAGAUUUCAGUUUCUGGAGGAUUAUUUAACAGCAGUACUAAGAGACCUUGGUCUCUAAGAUUGUUGUAAACAUCGUUGCUAAUAAAGUUUCCCAGAAAAGACUUCAGGCAUAGUUGUUACUUGCUAAAACAAUUUGGAAAGAUCAAAAGGCAAAUCCUGAUCAUCUGUCUCCCUACUUCAAAGGCUCUGAUUAUAAGGGCUACAUAUUUAAAUGAAACAAGUGUUUCACUUCUAAAAAGUUUCUUUUUGGUGGAAGUUUGUAAAGCCCUGUAAGAGCUCAGGGAGUUGCUCAUCUGCAUUAUUUACCACUGCAUUGCCUUUGAUGAGGAUGGUAUUGCAACAGAAAUUUCUAUGACCUGGACGUCCACCCUGCUUCUCCUCCUUCCUACCCACUCCCACAUUUCAUAUUCACAUUCUUUCUGGGGCCCUAAGAUUAAACCGGCUGCAUGCUCCAGCUGUGCACAUUUCUCUAUCCAUGAGGGAGCAGGCUUACUUUAGCGGCCCUUUUCUUCACCUGCCUGCCACAGGUGACAAAGGGAGCACCAACUUGCACCCAGAGUCUUGCUAACUAAGUCUAUUUCCCU